CGCCAUUUUGCGGCGCUGGGCGAGCGAGGCGCUUGGCUCCCUCCCGCCCCUACGCAGAGUCGCGGUUAGCGGCGCGGCCCAGGCACCUGACAAGGGGCGGAGCCUGAGGAGCUGCGUGCAUUUUGUUUCUGCGCAUGCGCCUGGCCGUAGUACCCCGACCCUUCCCUACGCCUGUCGGCGCGGCCGCGGCCUGCCCCUUCCCCGGCCCGGCGGCGCGAUGGGGGACGUGAAGAACUUCCUGUACGCCUGGUGCGGCAAGAGGAAGGUGACGCCGACCUACGAGAUCCGCGCCGUGGGCAACAAGAACCGCCAGAAGUUCAUGUGUGAGGUUCGGGUGGAAGGUUUUAACUACAUUGGAAUGGGCAAUUCCACAAACAAGAAAGAUGCACAAAGCAAUGCUGCUAGGGACUUCCUUAAUUACUUAGUUCGGGUGAAUGAAAUCAAGAGUGAAGAAAUUCCAGCUUUAGGGGCAGGAGUUGCUGAUGCUCCAGAUGGAGUAGUUCCUGCAGCAGGGGAAAAUCCUGGUGAACGUUUGUCUACUCUGGGUGGACCUCUUCCUCCACAUUUGGCACUGCAGAGUGAAACAGGUGGUGGUCCAGCUGCAGGAGUUGGAAGCUCUGGCUAUGGUGGGGCUCAAAGGGAUCGUGGAGCCAAUCUGAAGGAUUACUAUUCAAGAAAAGAGGAGCAAGAGGCACAGGCUACCUUGGAGUCAGAAGAAGUGGACUUAAAUGCUGGUCUUCAUGGAAAUUGGACUUUAGAGAAUGCCAAGGCACGUCUGAACCAGUUUUUCCAAAAGGAGAAGGUCCAGGGAGAAUAUAAAUACACUCAAGUGGGGCCUGAUCACAACAGGAGCUUUAUUGCAGAAAUGACCAUUUAUGUCAAGCAGCUGGGUAGAAGAAUCUUUGCUCGUGAACAUGGCUCAAACAAAAAGCUGGCAGCACAGUCCUGUGCUUUAUCCCUGGUUAGACAGCUCUACCAUCUUGGAGUCAUUGAGCCCUACACUGGGCAGACAAAGAAGAAAGAGGGAGAAACGGUUGAACCUUAUGAAGUGGUGAUCUCUCCUGAUUUAGAAAAUCAGCUGAAUAGCAUCAUACAAGAGCUUUCUCUUGAGGUUAUGCCAACGCCUGAAGAUCCAAGCAAUCCUGUUUUGCUCAACAUUGGAAAGCUUGCUCAUUUUGAACCAUCCAUGAGACAGAAUCAAAUGGGAGUUGUCCCAUGGUCACCCCCUCAGUCAAAUUGGAACCCUUGGACCAGCUGCAAUAUUGAUGAGGGUCCUCUGGCAUAUGCCACUCCAGAGCAGAUAAGCAUGGACUUGAAAAAUGAUUUCAUGUAUCACCUGGAACAGGAUGAAGAGUUAAAGAGGAUCCUACAAGACAGGGAGACACUACCUGUGAAGAAAUUUGAAGAAGAAAUUCUUGAUGCAAUUCAUCACAGUCCUGUUGUCGUCAUUCGUGGUGCCACUGGUUGUGGCAAAACCACCCAGGUUCCACAGUACAUCCUGGAUGAAUUCAUUAGAAAUGGAAAGGCUGCUGAAUGCAACAUUGUAGUGACACAACCCAGGAGGAUCAGUGCAGUUUCUGUGGCAGAGCGUGUGUCAUAUGAAAGAGGAGAAGAACCUGGGCAAAGCUGUGGAUACAGUGUACGAUUUGAAUCGGUGCUUCCCCGUCCCCAUGCCAGUGUGAUGUUCUGUACUGUAGGUGUUCUCCUAAGGAAACUGGAGGCUGGUAUCCGUGGAAUUAGUCACGUUAUUGUGGAUGAGAUCCAUGAGAGAGACAUCAAUACUGACUUCCUCAUGGUAGUGCUAAGAGAUGUAGUUGAAGCAUAUCCUGAAAUCAGAGUUAUCCUUAUGUCUGCCACUAUUGAUACCAGCAUGUUCUGUGAAUACUUCUUCAAUUGUCCCAUCAUUGAGGUCUAUGGUAGAACCUAUCCAGUCCAAGAGUAUUUUCUGGAAGACUGUAUUCAGAUGACUCAGUUUGUUCCUCCAUUAAAGGAUAAGAAGAAGAAAGACAAAGAUGAUGAAGGUGGUGAAGAUGAUGAUGCCAACUGUAAUCUUAUAUGUAGUGAUGAAUAUGGUCCAGAAACAAAACGUUGUAUGGCCCAGUUGAAUGAGAAGGAAACUCCCUUUGAACUCAUUGAGGCUUUGCUAAAGUACAUCGAGACCCUGAAUGUUCCAGGAGCUGUUCUUGUCUUUUUGCCUGGCUGGAAUCUGAUCUAUACCAUGCAAAAGCAUCUGGAAAUGAAUCCACACUUUGGAAGCCAUCAGUAUAGAAUUCUGCCCCUGCAUUCACAAAUUCCUCGAGAUGAACAGCGCAGAGUGUUUGAUCCAGUGCCUUCUGGAGUGACCAAGGUGAUUUUAUCUACCAAUAUUGCUGAGACUAGCAUUACCAUCAAUGAUGUUGUUUAUGUUAUAGACUCUUGCAAACAAAAGGUGAAGCUGUUUACUGCUCACAACAACAUGACAAAUUAUGCCACAGUCUGGGCAUCAAAAACUAACCUUGAGCAACGGAAAGGGCGUGCUGGCCGAGUGCGGGCUGGAUUCUGUUUCCAUCUGUGCAGCAGAGCUCGCUUUGAGAGGCUUGAAACUCACAUGACACCUGAAAUGUUCCGAACGCCACUGCAUGAAAUUGCUCUGAGCAUCAAACUUCUGCGCCUGGGAGGGAUUGGACAGUUCUUGGCCAAAGCAAUAGAACCACCACCUUUGGAUGCAGUGAUUGAAGCAGAACACACGCUCAGAGAGCUGGAUGCCCUGGAUUCUAAUGAUGAGUUGACUCCCCUUGGGAGAAUCCUUGCUAAGCUUCCCAUUGAACCUCGUCUCGGCAAGAUGAUGAUAAUGGGCUGCAUUUUCUAUGUAGGAGAUGCUGUGUGCACCAUCUCUGCUGCCACCUGCUUCCCAGAGCCUUUCAUCAGCGAGGGUAAAAGGCUGGGUUACGUCCAUAGGAAUUUUGCUGGGAACAGGUUUUCAGAUCAUGUAGCUUUGCUUUCAGUCUUCCAGGCCUGGGAUGAUGCAAGAAUGGGCGGUGAAGAUGCAGAAAUACGAUUCUGUGAACACAAAAGGCUCAACAUGGCUACACUCAGGAUGACUUGGGAAGCCAAAGUUCAGCUUAAAGACAUUCUUAUCAAUUCUGGCUUUCCAGAAGAGUGUUUGAUGACUCAGAUAUUUAACAACACUGGACCAGAUAACAAUCUAGAUGUUGUGAUCUCCCUGCUUGCUUUUGGUGUGUAUCCUAAUGUCUGCUACCACAAGGAGAAGAGGAAAAUUCUUACCACUGAGGGGCGCAAUGCACUUAUCCACAAAUCAUCUGUCAACUGCCCUUUCAGCAGCCAGGACAUGAAGUAUCCCUCUCCUUUCUUUGUUUUUGGUGAAAAGAUUCGAACACGAGCGAUCUCUGCCAAAGGAAUGACCUUGGUGAGCCCACUACAGCUGCUACUUUUUGCCUCCAAGAAAGUCUUAUCUGAUGGAGAGAUCAUUCUUGUGGAUGACUGGAUUAAACUGCGGAUGUCUCAUGAUGCAGCUGCCUGUAUCACUGCCCUGCGUGCAGCAAUGGAAGCUCUUGUCGUUGAAGUAACUAAGGAUCCUGAAAUCAUUAGCCAGCUGGACCCAGUGAAUGAGAGAAUGCUGAAUGUGAUCCGCCAAAUCUCCAGGCCUUCAGCGGCUGGCAUCAACCUCAUGGCUUGCAACACAAGGUUUGGAGAUGGUCCUCGUCCACCCAAAAUGGCUCGAUAUGACAAUGGAGGUGGAUUCAGAGGGCGGGGAGCUAACCAGCGUGGCUAUGGCUAUGGCGGUGGAGGCUAUAGAGGUGGGGGCUAUGGCGGUGGAUAUAACUCAUACCGAGGUGGCUCUGGAGGAAGAGGAUACCAGGGUAGUUCUGGGGGAGGUUAUAGAGGUGGAGGGGGAUAUUCAGGGUCUGGGGGAGGGUAUCGAGGUUCCGGUGGGGGAUAUAGAGGGUAUCAAGGUGGUGGGAAUAGAGGUAGUUACGGAGGUGGGUAUGGAGGCCAAGGAAGGGGACGUGGUGGUUAUUGAAAUCCAUUCGAGUUUUUCUUUACUCUACAAAAAUGUGCAUGUUUCCUUUUGGAAUUUCUUUGAUGCUAAUACAGAAGUCUGUCGUUCUACUUGUUCACAGUAGCUUGAAAUGAAUUGUUUAGGAUUAGUGGUGGUAAUAUGUAAAAUAUUAAGUCCUUGAUAUAGACUACCACAGUCUGUAUACUUUGUUCUUAAUAAAGUGUUCUGUUUUCAAGACUUAA